CUUCAACAUGCCCGUCGGAGCAGUCGCCCCCAUCACGGGAAAGAUGCGCAAGAGGCUCAUUCUCGACCUCUCUGUCGCCCUCGGCGGUGGAACUGCUUGCGGUUACGCUUUCUGGUACGGCUACCACCUCCCGUCGACUCAGCGCAGAGACGACUUCUAUGCUAAGCUGCAGGCUAGCCAGCAGGCUAACAAGGAGUAAAGGAUGGGAUGAAUUGAGCAGUGGUGGCCUUGCGGGAAAGAUACAGUCAAGGGAGCGCUGGCUAGCCUCGCCCUGCCUCAGCCUUCUCUUGUCGAUCGGCCCGCCAUGGUCAGUCUGCCGCUGGGAAUUCAAAGGUCAUAUUAAACUACACAGAGAGUCGCUGCUGCGGGUCUCAGGAUCGCAUUCGAAUGGACUUGGUUGGAUUGCAUGGGAGAAGCGCUCAAUGAACGUCAAGGUAUGAGUGAAUGCUCUACAAAGUGCCACGACGUGUUUCGAAAG